UGUCCCUUGGACACAGCAGAUCACCGAUCAACAGAAAGAGCCGAAGAUAGGAGACAUGUACACUGAUCAUCAGGGCACUGAUGAUCAGUGUGCCCUGAUGAUCAGUGUAGCCCCAGCAAUGUCACCUGUCAGUGCCCAUCAAUGCCAGCUGUCAGUGUGCUCAUCAGUGCCACCUGCCAGUGCCCAUCAUUGCCUCAUCAAUGCCACAUAUCAGUGCCCAUCUGAGCUGCCUUUCAGUGUCACCUAUCAGUGCCACCAAUGCCAGUCAGUGGCACCUAUCAGUGCCAGUCAGUGCCGCCUAUCAGUGCCAGUCAGUGCUGCCUAUCAGUGCGCAUCAGUGCUGCCUCUCAGUGCCCGUCAU